AUGGAAAAUAAAAUAACCUUUUUUCGGGAAUAUGAAAAUGUUCAAGAGCGAAUAGAAAUUCUUAGACAUUAUCUGAAUAAGGAUAAUGAAAAUGAUUUGAUAAAAAAUUUCAUUCCCAUUUUGGAAAAUUUUAAUUAUUUAAACAACUGCUUAAAUAGUUAUAGAGAAGCCAAAACAUUGCUGGACCCUCACCUCACUCUGUUAGCUGAACCUUUUUUAGACUUUUUAAAAAAAAGUUUUCCAAAAUUGGUAAAUAUAAUAUCUCAUUAUAAAAAUCAUUUGAGAGAUAAACAGGAGAUACAUAAAAAUGUGGACUAUGAAAAUGGAACAAAAAUGGCACUUUCAUAUGACCCGUUAAUAAAAGUUCAAGAAAAUAGCAAAAUGGAUUACAUGUUAAAUGGAGAAGAAAAAAAAACAAUCCAAAGAAUGGAAGAAACGUGUAAGACGCACACUACAAGAGCUGAAAAAACAGAGGAACACAGCAAUGACCACAUUAGAAAUGACAAAAAAGGAGAGGGUAAAGAAACAUGUGAAAGCAUAAUAGAAAAGGAAGAAAACAUUCAGAAGGUGUAUAUCAUAAUUGAAGAGGUGUACAAAUAUUACAAUACACUAAUAUCAGUGAGGGGAGAAAAAAAAAUUAAAACAGUAUUUUAUUGUGAUUCCUUGUGUUUAAAUAAUAUAGUCCAGUUACUUCUCAAACUGAAAGAAGAAGAAAAAGUUUUUAAUUAUUUCACCAAUUUGAAAUGUAACAAAACAGGUGAUGAUAAUAAUAAUGCUUGGGUCAUUAUGUACAUAUUAAUUAUAUGGUUAUCUUUCUGCAUGUAUAUACCUUUUAAGCUUCUUUCUGUGAAUAAAAAUAUCCUAAAAAAUAUAGAGGAGAUAUUUUACUAUUAUGUAGGGAAAAAUGACAAGACAAAAGAAGCAUGUUCUAUUAUGUAUUCUCAAUUUUUAAGCAGAGAUGAUGUGUGUCAAGAUAAAAUUUAUUUCAAUAAUUUUAUAAUUUUUUCAAAAGAAGUCAUAUUGAAAUUGAUGCAAAUAAAUUCCUUGUCUGAAAAAAAAGAUGAACUUAAAGAUAAUUUUUAUAUAAUAAAAAGUACAAAUAUUCCUCUCCCGUGCAACAGUGUAAAGUUUUCUAAUAUUAUUUUAUGUGGAGUUUUAUUAACACAUAAAAGGUUACUAAAAAAGGGGCAGAAAAAAUUUUUAAAAAAUUAUACCAAUUUUUAUAAUUUUUUUUUAAUUCAAAGCCAUGCUCAUUUGGACUAUACGCAAACAUCUAAAUCGUUGAAGAUAUUGUGUCUAGGUUAUUACGCUUUCUUAUUUUUGGAGAAAAAUGAGAACAUCUUAUUCCCUCAGGAGGGGAAAGGUAUACGAACGACAAAAUCAGAGCAAAAUGGAAUAUCUUCAUCAGUUGGGCAGCUUACACCAGUUGGGCCGCUUACAUCAGUUGGGCCGCUUACACCAGUUGGGCCGCUUACUCCAUGUUGCACCUCGUUUAUCACUCCGAGUGCUGAAGAAUCGGAUCUGUUUAACGAAUUUCCCUUGUUUCUAAACAUUAACGACGUUUUUUUGAUGUACCAAAAAGAGAGGAAACAGGAGUGCAAUAGCGAAGUAAGAAAAGAGCAACUGAUGUACCCAUUAAUGCAAAGAAAAUACACAUGCGAAGAGGACAUAAUGCAAAUUUUGAACCUUUUAUUUGGUUAUUUUCAUGACAAUAGUAGUCAUAUACGAUGGUGUUUAUCGAAAUGUUUUGGAAACAUCAUGACUUAUUUAAACAUAGAAAAUAUUCGUAUAAUAAUAAACAAAUUUAACGAAUUAGCAAAGUAUAAUGAUUACAAUAUAUUGUGUACUAUCAACUACACAUUAUUUCAUUAUCUAUUUCAUGAAGUUAAUAUAUGUAUAGAAAUUUUAAAUUUUCUUGUGCGGAAGAUUAUUGAAAGUCUGUAUAUAAACAAAGACCAAAUUUAUCCAAGUACUUUUGUUUUAUUAUAUAGCUUAUUCAAGUACAAUAAAUAUAUUCAAAAGUGUUAUGAGCAAAAUGAUAAUAGAAUAAAUUAUUUUUAUUUCCAUUUAAUAUUUACAAAAUUGAUAGUUUUGUCUUUAUUCGAAGAUAACAUUAACCUUAGGAAGUCUGCAAUGUCACUUUUACAAAUCUUUAUAGGAAAGUUUAAUUUUUUUUAUCAAUUUGAUGCAGAAUCAUUCGUUACUAGCAAGACAGGAACUCUUCCCAUAGUUACAAAACUUGAUGUAGAUGUAAAACUCGAUGCAGUGAAGACUCCAGGGCCCAACCCUUCAAGCAAAGAAAAAUUUUUCAACGAUUUAGUGCACUUUAUAAAUUUAUUUUUCAGCAGUGAUAGAAUAAAUGCCUAUUACAAUGGGUUGAAGAAGGUGCAAAUGAAUAACGAUACCUUGAUAGAUGUACCACAAUGGAUUGAGAACAACAAUGGAAUAUCUAAUACUGAAGAAAAAUCACAUUGUGCACGUGCAUCGGGUAACAGCAGAGAGAACAAACCUGACGUUGAGGUUCAUAUUUAUGAAACGAAUAGAAGACAGCUGGAGGAAAGGAAAAAAGAGAUUUUUAAUGCAAAUAUUGAUAUUCUUGCGACAUGCAAUUUCAGUGAGCUUAUUAAUUUGAAAAAAUCAAUUAUCAUAAAAACAAAAGAUGUAUGCAAUUUUAUUUUGUAUAAAUACCCAGUGAUAUUCCACUUAUACUCGUAUAAAUUGUUUCACGAAAAUGUGAACAUAAGAUUAUUAUCAGCAGAAUCGCUAGCAAAUUUGUCAUCUAAUAAUAAUGACUAUUUUAUAAAAAUCAUACUUCCGUUUUUAGUGAAAAAAAGCUAUGAAGAAAAUGUAAUUGUAAAGCAUGGUUCCAUUAUAUGUAUAUCUAAAAUACUUUUGAAGCUAAAAAAAAGGAUUGAUGAAAACUUACAAAAUGAUAUAAAAAAGAUAAUAACUUUUAGUGAAAAAAAGAAAAUAUAUAGAUUUAAAAAGGGAGAAAUUUUAAGACAUUCAUUAUGUCUACUGAUACAAAGUGUAUGUCAAUGUGACUACUUCUUGGUGAAGCAAAAUACGCAUUCUUUCUUUUUAGAAAUUUUACAAAAUAAUUUAUUUCAUUAUAAUGAAAUUAUACAAUAUGAAGCCUCCAAAAUAUUUUUCUAUAUGCCUAUAUAUAUAUUAAGUAAAGAUAAGGCUAUUCAAUAUAUAUACAAUAACGUACUUUUAAAAAUUAUAAGGGAGAAAGAUAAUUUUCUCCAUCUUAAGGGAUAUUUCAUUCUUCUCACAUUUGUGAAUGAAGACGUCAUUCCAUACGUUGCGGAAAAUUUGAUAAAACUUUUUUAUUAUGCUUUAAGGAAAAAUUCUACAUAUAAUAAAAUAAAAAAUAUCCUACUCAUGAAUACACAUAAAGCAACUACCAUUAUAACUCCUACCUACCCUGCUGAGGAAGGAGAUACGAAAUCUAAUAGCCCAAUACAAAAUGAUCCUUAUUUUUUUAAAAAAGUUGACUUUUCUCUUUUUUCUAUUGAUUUUAACAUGAAGAUAUUUUGCCUUCUUGCAUUAUUUAAUGUGGUUGACAAAUUGAGGAAAAAGUACAUCAGUGAUUUUCUCCUCGUUUAUGGAAAUUAUACAAUGAGUUUUAGCGAUCUUACAAAGUCAAAAUUCCCUCACAGGGAAAGAUCAAAAAGAUCCUAUGACUCUAGAGUUGGUAGUGCAUAUACGAACCACAGAUGCAAGAAUGUUUAUAACCCAGGCUAUAAUUUGAACUUAAACAGGAAUCGUUGCGGAGAAGCGGGUGAAUCGGGUGAAUCGGGUGAAUCGGGUGAAUCGGGUGAAUCGGGUGAAUCGGGUGAAUCGGGUGAAUCGGGUGAAUCGGGUGAAUCGGGUGAAUCGGGUGAAUCGGGUGAAUCGGGUGAAGCGGGUGAAGCGGAUGAAUCGGGUGAAGCGGAUGAAUCGGGUGAAGCAGACGGAGCAGACGGAGCAGAUGAAGGAACAUCAGUACCCCACAGAUCUGACAGUAACACAUGCAGGGAUGUACGCUUCGGUGAAAAAAACGAAUGUGGCAACGCCAAGGUGAAGAAAAACUGUUCAUGCUCCAGGGACAAUUCAACAAUCGAAUGUGAUCGAGAAAUGUGCUGUGGAAAAUUGAGACCCUUAUGUAGUAUUGACGAAGGAGAGAAGGGAGAAGAGAAUGUAGGAACUAAAGAGUUCAAGAGAAAACGAAGAAACACGAGCUUUUAUAUGAAGAAAAAAAUAAAAAUUGUUAAAAAAAAAAUUCACUGGGGAGAAGUAAUGGAAGAAGGAAGAAAGCAAAAUAAAGACAUCUUUCAGUUCACGUUAGAUAUUAACAAAAUAGCAAAAAUACUUAUUAUGUAUUUACAGGAAUAUGUAUAUGAAAGCGAUAUAGGUGAUUCACAUAUCUACGUUAGAGAAAUAUGCCUCGGACUUACCGCCUUUUUGUUAACAGCAUAUCCCAUAUACUUUUUCAAGAGGAAUUGCAACGGAUUCAAACGAGGGAAGGAAGGGAAGGAAGGAAAGGUAGGAAAGGUAGAGAAUAGAGGGAAGAGAAAAGACAAAAUGGAAAGGACAGCAAAUAGGACGGAAGUAGAUGUGGAAGAACAGCGAACGGGUAGGAACAGUGAGAUAACUUAUUGCACAGAACAAAACUGUGUCGGUGAGUGGAAGGGUGAACCCAGUCAGAACCACUUCUACGAACGGUUCGACUCAGAUGACAGUGAAGAAGAUGAAAUGGGCAGUAGUGAAAGAGGCAGUAGUGAAAACGGUGAGCACUACCUGAAGGAGAAAAAGGCAGUGCAGUAUGAGCAUGUCGAGGAUGGAGACGUAUUGAUGUAUGUCCUGUUUGAAGUCAAAAAGAAAUACAUAAAUAUAAUGAACCAACUAUUACUAAAAUUAUUGUGCGAGAAAAAUAUAAGAACACAAAAAAUGUGCUUGUUUGUGUUAAAUUAUUUGUACAAUUAUGCGACUUUUAAUGAUAAGGAAGAAAUGGAAAUAUUUUCAUUUAGUAACAUUCUUAACAAGUAUUGUCAUGAUUUUCCAUACGAAUUAUACCUGAAUAAAAAAAUUGACGAUAAUAUUAGAAAGAGUAAACGUAACAUUUACAAUUACUUGAAUAGCUCGACAACGAAUAUUUAUGAGGUUUUUAAAAAUAUAACUAUUCAUGUAUGUGAUUACUAUGAGCCUCUAUAUCUGAAGGACAAAGUAAUGUCCGAUGUAAGCUGUACAAAAAAUUAUAGGAGUGAAAUUUAUGUAAAUGGAUGUAACAAUUUGGAGUGUAUAAAAAAGGUUUCAAAAGUGAGAGAAAAGAAGAAGUCAUGCUUGUGCAAAUAUGAAGAAGAAAUCACCACUCUAUUCUUAAAUCGUCCAUAUAAAUAUGGUCUCAUCAAAACCAUUUUUAACAAAAUUAAUAAUUUCAUUUAUUUGUAUAAUUAUGCACUGAAGUACACAAGUUUUUCUAUUUUUCAUAAGAAUAAGUUUAUUUCCACGAGGAAGGGUCAAAUGCGAGGGAAUGUCUACUCAUCUGAUAUGAACGAUCUAGGGGAUGGUGAAACUUUGAAUCGUAGUCAUAUCUAUGGUGGUACUACUAACAGUUCAAAGGGAAUUGAAAAAAAAUCCCUUCAAGAGGAGGAAAAUGUACUAAAGUUUGAACAAGUACUUAUUAACAACGAUUUUAUAGAUGACAUAAAUCUAAGCGAGGAUGAAGAAAAAAUAUCUAUAGAGGAGGAAAAUUUAAUAAAAGAUGUUCAUUUUUUACUAGAUAAAACAAAAAAAAAUAUUAGUGUAAUUAAAUGUUUGGAAUAUAAUGAAACCCAUCUUUAUAAUCACAUUUUUUAUUUACUAUUUUUAAAUAAAUAUAACUAUUAUCUUAUUAGUGGAUUUUUUACUACUUUAUGUUAUUAUUCAUCAUAUACAAAAUAUAGUAAUUAUGAAUACACAAAUGUAAUGAAAACCGGGAAGGAGAAAUCUACUGAAUUCUUAUUUUUCGAUUUUCUUGUACGAUAUAAAGACAUUUACACCUUUGGAUACAUACGAGACGACAUACUGUUCUUGUACAUUAGAUAUUACAAAAUGUAUUAUGUGAAUUAUGAUUAUGCACAUGUUACUCAGAUUUUCCAUUCUCAUAAUGAGAAAAAAAGAGAGUUGAAGAAAUUCAAUAAUAAUCAUACUAAUCACAACCCAGGGGAUGAAUGCAACGUAAGAAAUAAUUCAUCUAAUGUAGAUAUUAAUAUAGAGCACGUGCCUAGGAUAGGUACUAAAUCGACAGAGUAUAUUUCUAGCUACAUUGGAGAAAGCAGUACUGUGGGGAUGGGGGAGGUCAUCCAUGGUGAUCUAGACCAGACGAAAGACCCUUCGAAUUCUUUCAAUAUGCAUAAUAUCAAUUUACAUGAAAUAAUUUUAAUGGAAAAUAAAAAAACAGAGAAAAACGAAAAGUUUAACUUUUUAAAAAAUAUAUUUCAUAAUUACAACAUAUUCUUCGACAUAAAUGUAAUUAUUUUAAAUGAAGAAGAAUACAACGGAAAUAAUGGCAGGGAGUUAAAAGGGGAGAUAAAAAAUAAAAGAAGAAAAGACAACAAACAAAUAAAAAAACAAUUUCAAGAAAAAAUUGUAUUACUAGAGUAUGUCAAUAUAUGUUUAAUUAAAAUUUUAUAUUACUUGAAUAAUUUCAAUUUAAUACAGUUGGAGACAUUUUUAAAAAGUGUUAAUUCAUUUGUGAAAUUUUCACUCAUGAAUAAUUUUGCUGCCUUUUGCUUUUUGAACUUUAUCCUUUCCACCAUUAAAAAAUAUACUGCCUUUUCACUUAUUCGAACCAUAUCUGAGUUGAUAAUAAACAUUUUUAUGUCUCCCAAUGUGCAUUUAAAUGUGAAGAGGUUUGCCAUGUUUCUGGUUCUGCAUUUUCUCUUGCACAGAUACCCCAAGAUACGAGAAUUCACAAAUGAGUACCUCUAUGCAAAUGUUAAUUUCAUUUCUCCUGAAAAUUACCCAUUUUUCAUAUACCCUUAG